GAGGGAAGCGGGCCCUGGACCGCCGCCAUUUUGGUUGCGUGGGGCCAGGGCCGGUGGGUUGGCCGGGCGCGGGCCGCGCCGGGCGGGCGGGGCGGGAUGUCGGCGUUCUCGGAGGCGGCGCUGGAGCGGAAGCUCUCGGAGCUCAGUAACUCCCAGCAGAGCGUGCAGACGCUGAGCCUCUGGCUCAUCCACCACCGCAAGCACUCGGGGCUCAUCGUCACCGUCUGGGAGCGGGAGCUGCGCAAAGCAAAACCAAAUAGGAAGUUGACAUUCCUAUACCUGGCCAACGAUGUCAUUCAGAACAGCAAAAGGAAAGGACCAGAAUUUACAAAAGACUUUGCACCAGUUAUAGUUGAGGCCUUUAAGCACGUUUCAAGUGAGUCUGAUGAGAGUUGUAAGAAGCACCUUGGGCGAGUGCUCUCUAUUUGGGAAGAAAGGUCUGUUUAUGAAAAUGAUGUAUUGGAACAACUUAGGCAAGCUUUGUAUGGUGACAGAAAGGCCAGGAAGCGCACAUUUGAACAGAUAAAAGUUGAUGAAAAUAACUGUUCAGCACAAAGUUCUCCAAGUGACCCUCCACAGACUACAGAUCUCAUUAGAGCAUUACAAGAACUAGAAAAUGCAGCCUCUGGGGAUGCAGCAGUUCAUCAGAGGAUCGCUUCAUUGCCUGUAGAGGUCCAAGAUGUGUCCUUACUAGACAGAAUAACAGAUAAGGAAUCUGGAGAACAGCUUUCCAAGAUGGUAGAUGAUGCUUGUAUGGUACUGGCGGAUUACAAUGGCAGGUUGGCGGCUGAAAUAGAUGAUAGAAAACAAUUAACUCGAAUGUUAUCAGACUUUCUGCGAUGUCAAAAAGAAGUCCUUGCAGAAAAAGAGCAUAAGUUGGAAGAAUACAAGCGCAAGUUAGCCAGAGUAUCCCAGGUGCGAAAAGAACUCAGGUCACGCAUCCAGAACCUUCCUGAUCUGUCUCGACUUCCCAAUGUCACAGGCAGUCAUGUGCACCUACCAUUUGCUGGAGACAUCUACAGUGAUGAUUGAUUAUAAGAACCUCUAUUUCUAUAGCCUCUGCUCUUCUGUGGAGUGAGGGGUAGGUCAGACUGAUUGAUAGUCCUGUAGUAUUAUUUUUGUACAUUGUUGGAGAGUGGCGGUAAAAAAAAAAAAGCUCCAAAUAAUUUAUAAGAAUUGUUUAAAAUAUUGGUUUGUUUACUGUUUUAUUGGCAAGUGAACAUAUAGGUACAUUUAUAGAAGGUGGCAUCUGUAUAUUAUUACGUUAAAGAAUGGGUAAUUAUCUUAAAAUAUUCUUAUCUUUUGUACAGAUUUUGAUCAGGUGCCCUGUAAGAAACUGAUAAGUUUCCACUUUAUUUUUUUUAUGCACCCUCUACUCAGUGUAGUUCACUAUAUAAUCAAAGUAUACAUUUAAGUUGCCACAUUUCAAUGGCUAGUGAGGCAAUGGACCAUUAUGGAAAUCACAUCUGAUGUUUAUAAGAAGACUACUACAAUUUAUUUUUAUGUGGAGAGUGAUGUUGCUGGUUAUUUAUUAAAUUAAUUUACUCACCCCCAAAUUAAACUACUGCUUUAUUUUAAAGUAAAUGACAUUAACCAGCUUUGAAAGUGGAAAAUAUAAAUCAUGUUAAAUUGAACAUCUUAAGUGACUCAAACUUGUGCAUAAUUUUAAUAUUUAAAAGUAAACAUUAAAAUACUGAAUUAAAAGCUACACAUAUUAAUUAGUACAAUAGAAAUGCUUUUUUUCCUGACAAUUUGGUUUGUAAAUUGAAGGCCCACUUCUUUGUACAAUAACCCCUUUCUGCCACAUCUGUCUCCAUUAACAAACCUGAUCCCAGAAAUGGGAAGUCAUUCCACAGCUUUAACUAUAGUAUGCAGUGGUUACUCAGGACCAUACCUAUUUUUGAAUGGCCAUAAUUAAAAUUUGAACGUACUCAAGUACCAUUUUACUUAUACAGCACGAUGAUACUACAAGUAGAAUUUUGUUGUCUGUGGAAACUUUGGGUCAAAGCAUCCUCUCCCAUGGAGAAAGAAACCUGUCUAAAGAGGCAAAUGAGUACCACAGGUCCCCUGUCUCUAAGCCUCCCAGUAAACAUCUAGAUCUUGGUCUCCUUUUCUUACAAGGAGGGGACUUUCUCCCAAAAAAUCUAGGCCACUGUGUGUAUUAAACUGCAGAAAAAUGUUGCUGAACGUAUGUUUAAAAACAAACUCUAUCACUGUAUAAAUGUGAUAUUUGUACAUGAGUAACUAAACUUAUGAAAAUAAAGUUGUUUACCCCUUGCUUUUUAAAACACUACGAGGCAGAUGUUUAAGGGUAUUUAGGAACCUCAAGAUGUAGCUAGAUGCCUAGUGGGAUUUUCAAAAGUGCCUUACUUGCCAUUAAUAGGAGUUAAACACUUAGGUGCUUUUGAAAAUCCCACUAAGCUCCUAGCUGCAUCCAUAGGCCCCUAAAUACCCUUGAACAUCUGACCAAGUGUUUGUUUGUUUUACCGUGUGAGACUUUAUUAAGUGUUCUAGCAAGAGAUUUGCCUAGAGAAGGUCUUUCAUUGUAAACAUUCAUAGCAAUAUUAACAAAUAUCCACCUUUACUCAUACUUGUCAUGCAGACUAAAACGUUUUACGUCAGUGUAAGCAUAAAUAAAAUUUACAGCCAAUUAACACAGUACCCCCCCCCCCCACAAACACACACAUUACAUACUUUAAAACAGUAGUUUUUUAAAUAAAAUAGACUGAGAUGACUCAGUAUAGUCCUGGAGUGAAAUCCUGGCCCUACUGAAGUCAGUGAAAGUUUUGCCAUUUACUUCAGUAGGUCCAGGCCCUGGAAUACUUGUUAACUAUCAGCAGGAUAUAACAGCCUUUUAAAAAAAAAUCCAUAUUUGGACACAAGCACAUACAGUCAGAUUUUCCCCUUUUGCAAAAAGUACCGCAAAUGGGCUGUAGUUAGAUGGAAAAACCUAUGGAGUGAAAUUACAGGGUUUCUGCACAGCAUCAUUACUUCAGAAUAGGGUUUGGCAGCCCACAGCGGGUCUCAGAUAGUUUGGACCUUCACCCCUGGAUUUCUCUGUACAUCUGAAGGUAACAAAGAAAUUGGGUAUUUACAAAGAGGGCCAGACUCUACAUGAUAUUUCCUGGGACUGUUCCUAUCCUCCCUUAUAAUAUACCGUCUAGACUGCUGCUGGCGUAGCCUCUCAACCCACGCCUGGUCCCAAAACACUCCAAGUCCCUCUCAGGUUUACAUGCAUGAAGAAGGAACCUACGGUAAUUAAAUGUGACAGGAUCAACAUUCAUUUUUGCACACUGUACCCUAUAAUUUGCAAGAAGACAAUACUAUGUAGAGUUGUUUUCAUUGGGAGUUUCCCACCCAAAAGCCAGAUUAAGGGGUGGGAAGAUGCUUGAUGGUCUGAGCUCACCAGCCAUCAACAGAUUUAUAGCUAUUUGAGUGGCCUUUCUACUCUUUUUAUCAUUCCACAGUGAAAAAACUGAGUGGGAAGGAUAUGGACCAUAAUUAUAACAAAGGAAACUAGCUGUGUUUUCUUAAGCAGAGUCAGGUAUGUAAAAAAUAUCCAUAGUCAUCUUUUCAAAAGUUGAAGACUAUUUGAAAACUUAGACCUAGAUUAAGACUUUCAUGGUUUAAAUAUGUUCUAAUCCAUUAAAAAUGUAGCUGUAUAAAUGUGUAUGCACACACACAUUAUUGCUGGAAAGAAGAACUCUCUUUUUGUAAAGCAUAGUACAAAUUUUCUUAUAAAUUAAAACUAAAAAUCAGAUCAGUUAUUUCAUGAAUCAUAAAUGCACAGAACAAAUCAGUAGUCUCAAUCCGUUCCAAAGCCGGGGGACAGCUGCCGCCAUUGAAGUCACUACGUGUAGAGGUCUACUGGUGUAGAGUUCAUUGUAAGGUCAGAGCCUGGAUUUUUAAAAUAUUUUGUUGUAAAAAGUUUAAACAUCCAUUCCUUCUCCACCUGCCUGAUUCAGAAAAAGGGCAGAAAUCAAUGUCUAAAAGUCAAGAAAAAUCGGCAUUCAACUCCUCAAGGACAGAGAGAAAGCUAGACACUGACUUCACUCUCUUAUUCUCUUCUUAAGUUUUAGUAAUAUUGUUGUGUAUCUAUAGAUGUAUAUUUAGAAGUGGUUAAAGACAAGAUUUAGGAAAAAUAUAUUGACAAAAAUCAGACUUUUCCUUGAGAUGAACAUUAAUUUUGAUAUAAUUUUAAAGUGAAAGUUUGAGAACUAUACUUUUCCUUGGAUAAAAUUUGCUGUAUCUCACUGUUAAUGUUUUUACCUCACGGAACUUUUACUUCUGCAGUGUGCUUUGUUUGUUUGGGCUUUUAAUAGCCACUCAAAAUUAGUUUGAAAACAAAUUUGUUUGUCACUAAAAGUAUCUCAUGGUAGUGGAUGAAUGGUGCCCCAACUGUCUGUUUUCUGUGGGCGUGACAUCACAGUAUCAAUGAAUUUGAAGAUUUAAUACUGUAACACCAUUCCCAGAUUCACUGGAGGACACAUACUAUACAGUAAGACACAACAGCAACCCCAUAGGGUUAGUAGGUAUCCUUAAGUUCUCAGGUACCAAAAUGUAGCAUAUAUACCUGUGCACAGGAUUGUUCCCAGGUAGAUAAAAUGAGGUGUAGUCACCUAAUCUGGAUAAAGUUGUAUUUUGGUAAUGUGACACAAUUGCACUGAAAUCCAAAUCACCUGCCCAAAGAAAGGUGGAUACUAGAUGCAAAUUUUUUUAGCUCAACAAAUGUUACACCUUGAAGUGGUUUCUAAUAAUAAAAAAUUAGAUCCUUCAGGUGAGAGAGACACAUUUAUUUACUCAGCUAUAUUCUAUAGUUAUCAGUUUUUAGUGAAAAAGCAUGGACAUAAUCCUGCAGUCCUUAUUGUAUGAAUAAUAUCUACUUGCAGGUAAUUCUGACGGUCUCAUGAAGUAAUGACUUUGAAGAUAAAGCCAUAUAGUUGUAAAACUUUAUAAAAAAAAUCUGUCUAAAAAUGCCUAUUCUCCAUGUUUUUGUGAUCUUACAAACAAAUUUAAGAUUCUUGGUUACAAAAGAAUUGUAACUGUUGAAAAAGAUAAAUUGCUUCCUCUGUAGAAAGUUAAUUUCUAGAUUUCAGUAACAUUAGCUUAUCUGUUUUACAUUCAGCUUCAACCUUUCGUAUAUUAAACCAGUCAAUCUUUCACGAUUCCCCCUCCCACCCAACACAAUGAAAACUACAUGCUUUAAAAUCUAGAAGUCAGUGGCAAAACACCCAUGAAUUUCAGUGUCUGCAAAUGUGUCCUCUAGUGAUCACCAAAAUUAACCCUUCCAUAGAGGGCCAUCAAAAAGCCUAUGCACCACGUGGAGGACUUGCUCGUGCAUAGGCCUUUUUCUGGCCCUCUGCCUGUAGGUAAAAUUAAACUUGUAGUACAUAUGGUAAUAGAAAGUUAUAGAGUUAUUGUUGAAAGUUUAGUGAAUCAGCUGCAAUGGCACUAUUUUUAAUGGGCUGGUUUUCUAUUAAUACAAACACUUGGGAUUCUUGCUUACUUUUCUCAUGCCGCUAUUCCCACUAUUUGUGUGAAUAAAGCAGUUAGGAUCUGGCUGUCAGCAACACACUCUUAGAGAAUCAACUUAAAAAUCUUAAUAGGAAUAUUGAUUAUCUUUUUUUAAAAUGGAUGGCCAUUCCGUCUUUGAACCUGUCUCACUGUGUUAAAUUAUCUUAAUAGAUCAACAUCUCCAUCUUACUAUUUAGAAGUUGAAUUCUGAUUUAAUCUUUACUACAUUAAGAAGUAUCCUAGUAAGCAUGAUCCUUUUUUGUGGGAAUUUGCAAAAAUGCAAUAACAGCACUUUGUAACUUGUUUGCAACAGAAAUUUACUCAUUUGUUGAACGCUGACAAGAAAGAUGUUUGAAAUGUAAAAAUGUUUUUCAUUAUUGUGCACUGCUCACAGAAUGUGUAAUUCUUGUGUAAUUUGUCCUCUAAAUAACACCUCAAUGUAUAAUGUUUUCAUAUUUAAAAGAAUAAAAUGUAAAAACAUCGGAAA